CUCGAAUGCUCAUGAGUCCAGUCUCUCUUUCCAUCCAGGAUGUAAUAGAAAUAUUUCUUUGGUCUUCCUCAAAGCACCUAUUUCCCCCAGACUUUCACCUCCUGUCAUGUUCAGGGUGUUACCUACCCUGGUGCCCACCCAGUCCAGACUCCUCCCUUGCCUCCAACCCCUGAACCCCAUCUGUAUGAAGUUUUGUCAGUUGUUCCUCCCAAACCUGCCCAGAUCUUCCCACUGGUUCUGAGCCCCAGGUCACCCAGCCUCCAUCCUCUCAGUCCCUACACUGCAUCCCCAAGUGGCAAGAAAAGGGGGUCAUGCUUAGGAUGGGAAGUGGAUAUCUGGGCUGGAGUGUAUGGGGAGUGGAGACAGAGCAGGGCGAGGGUGAAUCACGAGAGGCACCUAGGGCACUCGAUGUAAAAAGGCACUCACACCCCAGGGUCCUGCGCUUGCUGAGCCUGCACUGAAACUGCACCCUAGUUGCCUCUCUUGCUGCACGCCACGUCUCAGGCUUGUGGGACAUGGGGACAGAUUAGUUUAAGGGAGGAAGGUGGUAAAGUCCUGUUCUCCACACCUCCUCGGGAGCCAGAGGCUGAGAGAAUGGAAUUUUACAAAGGCAGUGUGAACCAGUUUGGUGGCGAGUUUUCCAACCACCUAGGGCUGUAAUCCUGGGUGUGCUGACCAGAAGUCUCCUGAAGGGCAAGAGUUUUGUUAGGCUCUCCUGGUCUAAGGCCCGUUAGGACAAACAGCAUUCGAAGUGGGCAGCUGGGUAGAACACAGAGGAGCGCUCUAGGAACAGAGGUCUGCCACCUGUCCUCCUUUGCCUUGGGAGAGGAGGGCUCCCUAGCAGGUUUCUGGUGGGAGCAGAGAUUAAAUGCCUGGAGGGUGCCCUCUGCCAUUUCUGGCACAUGUAUCCGGGCAUCUACACUCCUGGCAGGUGCUGUCUGCUGCCACUGCCCGGCUGGAUUUUGAGGCUCUCUGGGGCAGGUGUUUCCAGGGCGGACUUGAGACAAAGGAACGAGGAAGCAGAGCCUUUCUGGGCACAAGUAACCUGAGGCCCUGCUCCCCCACCCCGGCUCCUGUGGGCCGGCCUUGAGGGAGGGGGGACGCAAGCUCACGGGAGGGCUCAGAGGAAUUCGCGGCGAAGUGAGCUGGGUCAAGGUCCACGAGGAGCUGGGGGAGGGGAGUAAUCCAGGAAGUCUUCCCGGCGGCAGUGAAUUCUUAGAGGGGUCCUGCGGGGGCGGAGUCCUCCUGGGCUCCGCUGGGAGCGGACGCCCCGCCCCUGACCACGCCCACCUGUGGGAACCCCGGUGCUCAAGGGAGGAAAGGCCCGCGCCCGCAGCGGGCAGGCGGCGCUGCGUCUUCUGCCCUGGCCCCGGCCAGCCCGGAGCCCUCUGCCGAGAGGAGAAAACUGCAGUCCGGGAUGGCUCAGUCGGCCCGUCCAAAGUCGCACAGCUGGUUCUGGCCGAGCCCCUACUACGAGAGUGAGGCACAUGGCCCAUGCAGACCGGGCCUCGGAGGGUCCCAGGCUUGAGGACCCGUCGGCCCCCCCACCCCCUUGGAGAGGCAAGGAGAGGAUCCUGCGCUCGUAGUGAGCCUCCACUUCUGCCCUUGACUGCAACACCCUAGUGCUCCCCUGGCUUAGUCAUGGCGAAGCUGGAGACACUGCCUGUGCGCGCUGACCCAGGGCGGGAUCCCCUCCUGGCCUUUGCCCCUCGGCCCUCUGAGCUCGGACCCCCAGACCCUCGCCUGGCCAUGGGCAGUGUGGGCAGCGGGGUGGCCCACACCCAGGAGUUUGCCAUGAAGAGUGUGGGCACCCGCACAGGGGGUGGGGGCAGCCAGGGCAGUUUUCCUGGCCCCCGUGGCAGUGGGGCCAGCAGGGAGAGGCCAGGCCGCUACCCCUCAGAGGACAAGGCUCUCGCCAAUUCACUCUACCUCAAUGGCGAGCUGCGGGGCAGUGACCACACGGAUGUCUGCGGCAAUGUGGUGGGCAGCAGUGGUGGCAGCAGCAGCAGCGGUGGCAGUGACAAGGCCCCACCACAAUAUCGUGAACCCAGCCACCCACCCAAACUCCUGCCCACCUCUGGCAAGCUAGACCAGUGCUCAGAGCCACUGGUUCGGCCUUCAGCCUUCAAGCCCGUUGUACCCAAGAACUUCCACUCCAUGCAGAACUUGUGCCCCCCGCAGUCCAACGGGACCCCUGAGGGACGACAGGGCCCCGGUGGCCUCAAGGGUGGACUGGACAAGUCUCGGACCAUGACCCCAGCGGGUGGGGGUGGGGGCGGCCUCUCAGAUUCAGGCCGGAACUCACUCACAAGCCUGCCCACUUACAGCUCCAGCUACAGCCAGCACCUGGCACCCCUCAGUGCCUCCACCAGCCACAUCAAUCGCAUUGGCACUGCCAGCUAUGGUAGUGGCAGUGGUGGCAGCAGCAGCGGUGGUGGGUCAGGCUACCAGGACCUAGCAACCUCUGACAGUGGGCGGGCCUCCAGCAAAAGCGGGUCAUCCUCAUCCAUGGGGCGGCCAGGCCACUUGGGAUCGGGGGAGGGUGGAGGUGGAGGCCUGCCGUUUGCGGCCUGCUCGCCACCCUCGCCCAGCACUCUGAUCCAGGAGCUAGAGGAGCGGCUGUGGGAGAAGGAGCAGGAGGUGGCAGCUCUGCGGCGUAGCCUGGAGCAGAGCGAGGCGGCGGUGGCUCAGGUGCUGGAGGAGCGGCAGAAGGCCUGGGAGCGUGAGCUGGCUGAGCUGCGGCAGGGCUGCAGUGGGAAGCUGCAGCAGGUGGCCCGGCGCGCUCAGCGCGCCCAGCAAGGCCUACAGCUGCAGGUGCUGCGGCUGCAGCAGGACAAGAAGCAGCUGCAGGAGGAGGCAGCCCGGCUGAUGCGCCAACGGGAAGAGCUUGAGGACAAGGUGGCCGCCUGCCAGAAGGAACAGGCCGACUUCCUGCCCCGGAUGGAGGAAACUAAGUGGGAGGUGUGCCAGAAGGCUGGGGAGAUUUCCCUCCUGAAGCAGCAGCUGAAGGACUCGCAGGCCGACGUGUCCCAGAAGCUGAGUGAGAUCGUAGGGCUGCGCUCCCAGUUGCGGGAGGGCCGGGCCUCGCUGCGAGAGAAGGAGGAGCAGCUGCUCAGCCUGAGGGACUCCUUCAGCAGCAAACAGGCCAGCCUGGAGCUGGGCGAGGGCGAGCUGCCCUCUGCCUGCCUCAAGCCGGCACUGACCCCAGUGGACCCGGCUGAGCCGCAGGAUGCCCUGGCCACCUGCGAGAGUGACGAGGCCAAGAUGCGCCGUCAGGCUGGGGUGGCUGCCGCCGCCUCCCUGGCUUCCUUGGAUGGGGAGGUGGAUGCUGGGGGGGAGAGUGGGACGCGGGCCCUGCGGCGGGAGGUGGGGCGGCUACAGGCUGAGCUCGCAGCCGAGCGGCGAGCCCGGGAGCGCCAGGGUGCCAGCUUCGCAGAGGAGCGCCGCGUGUGGCUGGAGGAGAAGGAGAAGGUCAUCGAGUACCAGAAGCAGCUGCAGCUGAGUUACGUGGAGAUGUACCAGCGCAACCAGCAGCUGGAGCGGCGGCUGCGAGAGCGCGGGGCCGCGGGAGGUGCCAGCACGCCUACACCCCAACACGGGGAGGAGAAGAAAGCCUGGACCCCCUCCCGCCUGGAGCGCAUUGAGUCCACAGAAAUCUGAUCCCCUCCCUGGGCAUGUGGUCUUUUGACAAAAACCCUGUCAAAGGCCAGAGUCCCCAGUAUCCCUUCCUUGCCAUCACCUUCCCCUCAUGUCCCCCUGUAUCCCCAGACCAAAGAGGUUCUCAAAGCAGCUGUGACCAGGUCCCUCCCUCCCCUCACUGGGUGCCUCCCAGCUCUACCACUGCCCCCCUGGGCAGCCCACUUGACCCUCCUCCCAAGGAGGAAAUAGGGGGAGGGCUGAGUGUGUGGGGAUGAAGGACCCAGGCAGUAGGGGAGCCCGGGCUCCCUUUCUUGGCACUCCCUUGUUGAAGAGGUGGCAGGCCUGCAGUGCCGCCAGGUACCAGCCCUUUGAUGGUCUGGGCUGCUACUGCCGGCCCAUCGUGUGUCUAGAGAUGCGCUCUGUGCCCAUCUCCUAUGCCGUGUAGCCUGAGGGGGCCUGCCUGGGGUCUGCCGGAGUGGACAGACCUUGGGCUCCCGGCCUCUCUCCUUCCUGCGCAGUCUUCCCUCCCUGGCAGAUUGGCAGGACGAGUGGGAGCAGAUGGCCUGCCUGUGGUUGAGAGGGCUACCUGCCCAGCCCCUCCCCCCCCCCCAAGGUCUCUUGGGCUCAGGCCUCAGAGCCUGGCCUGGUCCUGAGUGUGUGUCCAUUUGUGUGUGUUGGAGGAGGGAAGGGCAGGGGCUGGAGGCCCAGUGCCCAGGGAAGCUCUGCCCUCCUCUUCUUGGGAAGGGUCACCUGGAGGCUUCUUAGCUCUACCCUGCCCCUUCUGGCCAGGAUCCCACAGGACAACAGUCCCAUCUGCUUGGCUGACCCCAUACCCCGGACCACUGUCCAGCUCUAACUACAGCUAUUAAGUGCUACCUGCCUCUCAGGCACUCCCCUCACCCAGUUUCUGAGGUCAUAUGAGUGUCUGUGAUGUCUUCCUGUGUCUUCCCCCACUUGAUUCCCUCAGCCUCCUUCUGCUUUCAUGCUCUGAACAUCGUUGUCCUAGGCCACCGCUUCCCCCAAACCUCACCUUUUCUUCCAGUAGAAAACUCUGCUUGAUCUUUGGUGCACUGCCCACUUCCACACUCCACUGGGCCCAAGCCUGAGCCUGUGGCCCUUGUUUUGGGGGACAGGGGGUGGCUAUGAUUGCUCUUGAAGAGCAAGGCUGAAUGGAGAGGAACACUGACCCCUGGGUCCCAGGGGCCUGAGGUAGCCCGGGGUUUGCCCAGGGUAGGCCUGGCAUGGCCGUCAGUGGGGGUGGGGGCAGCCAAUGUCACUUCCUCCUCUCGGGGCCCUCUGAGACUCUAUCUCCCCAAGAUAAGAAGGGAAAGGCAAAUUUCUAACACACCAGCAAUAAAAAUCAGAGGAGGCUUGGCCCUCAGCCCUGGUAUUUCUCUUUUCACUCUCUCCCUCCCACCCCCAAGACUGGGUUUGUGGGGCAGGGUGGAGGGAGCUGGCAACUACUGUGAGCAACCCCCGACCCCUGACCAGCCUCCUCCCAUGACUGGUGACUGUUUAACCAGCUGUGCAUCCCCCACAAAAACAGGAGUGCCCCUCUGCGUGGCCUCUGUCCUUCUGCACAGCCCCUUCCGGUGGCCCUCCCCAGAUCUCUAAGCUGGGUGAGGGGCUGUCCUGGCAAUCACUGCCCAUUCCACUCACCCUUCACUACACCUGCCCCAGAACCUGGGCCUGGGCCAGAGGGGCAGGGGGAAGAGAAGGCAUUAGUAGGAAAAAAAAAAAUAGAAAAAAAAAAUGAACAGACUCAGCUUUGGGACUUCCAACCACAAAAGAAAUUAUAUAUAAAUAUAUAAAAAUAUAUAUCUCUACCAUAUGUGAUGGAAAGACUUCGUUUUCUUUUCCCAAAGAAAUAAAAUGGAGAAAGCCUCUUGA